AGACGACGAAACGUCAGUUUUUUCGUUUGGAACUGAUUAGAGUCGAUAGGAAACGCAAUGGGGUUGCAUUAUACACCCAUUGACCUCGAAGAUAUUAUUUAGUUGUAUUAUUCAUGGCUAUUCUAAGUAUUCUUAGACUGACCGAUUACGAGUUUCUAAAUUUCUUCUCUGACUUGAUGGCGACUACCUGGUCGUAAGGUUGCCAUCAGUGAUCAGUCAUUAGAGUUUAAAAUUAUUUCGAAGAGUGCGGGUCCUCCACCCGGAUGGGCGCUAUCAUGGAACCGAAAAGAUCACACUCGCAUCAAUGCAAUAAGUUAAUGAUUUGAUGACAACGUCCGCUCUCUGCGGAGUGUUGAUGGAAGUCUGAUUGGCCAGAGUCUCUUCAUCCUUUCCCCUUUUUCUCACCAAUCAAGGCGGAUACGUCCCAUCAGAUGGACAAUUUUUAUUAUAUCGCUUCACCAUCGCUGCACCACAGUGAUGUCAUAAUGGUUUAUAAUCACAAGGAAAAGAUAUGUUGGCGCGCGUUCACACAACGCCUUUGAUGGCGAUCCAUUUUGCACGUCUCAUCCAACAGCUCCCUCUCGGAUAUUUGUUUUCUUGAUUGUGAGAUUUAUAAGCCCAUCAUGUCCACCAGACAGCCGUCGUCGCCAAUCGUCGCCCAGUACCUACACAUCUGGACUCGAAGGAGGACAGCUUUUCUACUGCUCCUUGUCCUGUCCACGAAAUGGACCGAUGGUGGUGGCAUCACCAUCAGGCCGUCUGGCCCAGCGGCGGGCUUCGUCGAAGACACUUCGUUCAAUCUGACGUGCUUUUCCAGCCGCCCAGGUAAUGUCACCUGGGCUCUACCCGUUCAUUCCAGCGACGAACUGGAUAACAUCCAGAUCAAGAUGCCACAGGAUUUACAGAAACGUGCCCAUCUGACGACUUUACGCGAAGGAGAUGUUUUUGUAGCCGUUCUGAGCGUCGUGAAAGCCAAGAGAUCCGAUUCGGGACGUUACACUUGUCACCCCGUUGGCGUCGAUCCAGUCGACUUGAAGGCUCAAUCUGAAACCUUUCCAUGUGUACACAUCUUCAUCUCAUGGAAAGGAGCCGUCGGCGUCGAGCUGAAUCCGUUGAAGAGCGUCUACGUCGUCGGCAACCCUUCGCAGCAGCUGUUUGUCGUGCCCUGCUUCAACUAUUUCCCCAGCCAGCAUUUCUCCAUGGUGGAUUUGGCUCUGCAGAAGAGAAAACUACCGCAAAUCGGUUCGCCAGACACUUUAUGGGAAUCGGUUGAUCUCUCGGCGAAAAGUUAUUUCAACUGGUCGUUUGCCGACUACAGGGGCAUCGCCAUUCGUCAUCCCAAGAGCGGCGAGUACAGGUGCGGGGCCGUCACGUUCAACAGCACGUGCCCCGUACCCAAAUGGUCCCUCUACAGUUUUUUCAUCGUCCAAGAAUCGGUGGAGAAGGAAGCCGUUGAAGACGACAAGGACCAGCGGCCCCGCAUUAGGCCGACUUCUACGCCGUUUCUCAUCUUUCCGUCGGGCUCUACUUUUAGUUUGUUCUGUAAAACGGACGCUUUGGCCGCUCACCAGUGGAAUGUCAAUUGGCGGCUGCCGUUCGCCUUCCACAACGACGACUACGACACGGCCCAAGUCAAGAAUCUUGGCCAGCGAGUCGUCGCCACGCUGGCCAAAGCCAACGGCAAGAGCUCACAGUCGGACUAUUCCGUCCUGACCAUCACCAACGCCAGCCACUUGGACACGGGCUAUUAUACGUGCCACAGAGCCGAUAAUGACAGCAAUUCAGUCAGACAAUACGUCUUCAUUCAAGACUGGAAUGCGUUAGUCGCUGCCCCAUUGAACAAAUAUUUGGAGUUUGGCAAAGAGGAAGCCAUGAUUGGUUGCAGACCAACUCAUCCUUCCGUUCAAAUGUCUCUCGAGCGAAUAGCCGAUGAUGGAACUCCAGUCACAGUUUACUCGCCCGCUAAGGAUAGCAAUAAGGACAUGGGCGAUUGGUCCUACAAUGUCUUUGAAGGAUUCAAGUACACUAAAAGGAUUUCGUGGGAGACGGAAGGCACCUACCUAUGCGUCGGCCGUAAAAAUUACCUGGAAGGCCCGUCCAGGCAUCGAUCGGCAGUUGUUACGCACGAAUUGUAUCUAAGGGUUCGAGGGAUCGAGUUAACAAUGUCAUUUAGCGACGGCAACAAGGCCGGAACGAUUGCGGAAGGAGAUGCUGUCCAACUGACUUGCCGCAGUCAAGAAUGGCAGCAGCAGGAUCGAGACAAUCUCCCCAAUCUGACGUGGCAUUGGACUCGGCGUGAUGAGCAAAACGUCUCCGUCACUUUGGAAUUAGGCAGCGGGCCCGGCCCGGACGGAGUGGGGAGGAUUGCGGAGUCAACUAGACGGAAUGGAUACGGUCUAAGUCAUUUGAGCUGGACUAAUAUUUCCAGCCAAGCAGCUGGCACUUACAAGUGCACUCACCAACAAUCGGGUGUCUCGGCUUCCUACAUUUUGGCCGUGUCAACCGCCAGCGAUGGACAACAACUGAAGAAUGGUAACAGUCGGCUGCUCUGCGGUCUAGACUCUUUAUUCACCGCCGAGGGCAUGUGGUUUUUAACACACAUCGUGGUCCUGUUGAAAAUUUAUUAGUCUGAGCCCAUUAAUGCCAAUGUCGGUUAUUUACAGAACGAUAUAGCUCCGGCUCUUUCUCGUGUUGAGUUUAUCUCUGUCGCCUUUUACUUUUCGUUUGAUAAAUGACAUUUUUACCUCUUGUCGUUACUGACGAUAACGAAAUUGCUUACCACAACUUUUAGUUUAUUGCCUGGCAAAAUGACGUUUUCUUUUGUGUCUUUGAAGAGGGAGAAUUUUGACAUUCGAAAUUAUGAUGAUUUAAAUCAUUUUAGGAAAGAGCUAACAAUUGUCGAAAAUGUUUGUCUUGAAAAACGAAAUUUAGUUAAAUUCUCUAUAAUUAGUUGUAACAUAAUAAAAACAAUAUCUAGUUCAAUAUUAAAGCAAUGCAUCUGGUGUCUACGUGCCUGGUUGUUUUAAAUCUUUUGAAUUCUAGACUUUCUUCUUAUCUAUUUAGAUUAUUGUCAACAGAAGAUACUUCGAACUGAAAUAUUUAUUUUCCCGUAGUACCAAUGAUUUUCACUUUGUAGCAGCGUAGUGAUUACUCUGAAAAGUGGGCUCAAAGUGACAAUGGUAUUUCUUGUGUUUGUAUGCUACUAGUUUGCCCAGCUGU